AUGAAUGAGCCAUUUGGUGGGAAAGUUAUAGUUUUUGGCGGUGAUUUUAGACAAGUGCUGCCAGUAAUCCCUAAUGCUUCAAGACAAGAUGUAGUUAUGGCUUCACUUAGAUCAUCAUAUUUGUGGCAUCAUUGUAAACUUUUGAAGCUAACGAAAAAUAUGAGACUAACUGUUGGAGCAUCCACUGAUUUGGAAGACAUAAAAGAAUUUGGUGAAUGGCUUUUGGAAAUCGGAAAUGGUACAAUAAAUGAACCCAAUGAUGGCGAAGCAACAAUUCAGAUUCCGGAUGACAUCCUCAUAAAAGGCAAAAGUGACAAACCCAUUGAUUCAAUUGUUGACUCAAUAUAUCCUGACAUCUCCUCUAAUAUGUUGGAUCCAACUUUUUUUCAAGACAGAGCAAUUCUCGCACCUACACAUGAAGUAGUUGAUCUCAUCAAUGAAACAGUCAUGGAGAAAAUUGACGGAGAAGAGAAAGUCUAUUUAAGUUCUGAUUCGAUCUGUGAAUCGGAAAUCGGAUCUGAUUUUAACCAACACUUAUACAAUCAAGAUUUCCUAAAUUCUAUUAAGGUAGCUGGCAUACCAAACCAUCGUUUAGCUCUAAAAAAAGGAGUCCCAGUUAUGUUACUUAGAAAUAUCGACCAGCCAGGUGGAUUAUGUAAUGGUACAAGACUUAAAAUAAGGAAACUCGGGGAACGUGUUAUUGAAGCCGAGAUAAUUUCCGGAAGCAAUGUUGGGAAAAUUACUUUCAUUCCUAGAAUGAAACUAACACCAUCAGAUAAAAGAAUACCUUUCCGAUUUCAAAGAAGCCAAUUCCCUUUAUGUGUUUGCUUUGCUAUGACUAUUAACAAAAGUCAAGGACAAAGUUUGAGCCAAGUAGGUUUAUUCUUAAAGAACCCAGUCUUCAGUCAUGGUCAACUUUAUGUAGCACUUUCAAGAGUCAAAAGUAAACAAGGUUUGAGGGUUUUAAUUUUGGACAAAGAGGGGAACGUUACAAACACCACUAAAAAUGCGGUCUUCAAGGAGGUUUUGACAGAUUUAUAA